GUCAUACAGACAAAACAUAAACACCAUAGUUUAGCAAGAGUUUUAGUGGAUUGUGUGCCGUUCCCUCUUCAAACGUAUAUGUCGUGAGCGUGCCAUCAUAAGUUUGGCAUAAUUUUUGGAUUUUUCGUUUAGUGACUGUGGAUUAUUGUUUGCCCAUCAUUGCACUGGAAGUAGGAUUCUCAAGCAAUCUGAUAUGGUUUAACAAUAUUCUCAUCAUAUAGGUGAGCAACUAGUUGAGCAUGUCUUCGGCCAUCUGUCAAAAUUUCAUACAAAACGCUUGGAAGAAAGAACUCUGCUCCAAUUGUUUCAAAUCGAAAGACGAGCACGCUGUGCCAUCGAAACCCAAAGCGGUACCACUAAUUGUUAAAACGUCUAUUUCUGGAAUAAUCCGAGACCCAAAAAAAUCGAAACCCAAACUGAACGUUGCCUUUACCAAAGAACUAGCUCAAUUUAUUGGAUAUGGAGGUGAAGAUUGGUUAUCGGAAGAUGAAGCUGCUGAAGAACCGGCAUAUGAAUGCGAAGAAGUGAACUGCGACGAUCUAUUGACAGAUUCAGAUGAGGAAGAGCACACAAAAGAAAUUAGGAUGCAAACGAAAAAGAAUACAAACUUCAACACCGUCUCGCUUGGAGAAAUGAUAGAGGAAAAGAAGAGCUACGCUCAUCUCAUGCUUGGCAAGCCUGUGGUGAAUUCUGACGGGAAAAAGCAGACGCUUUUGGUAUCAGUGACGCCAUUCGGAGAAGACAGUACACCGAGGAAGUACAAUGCCACUAAGAGCUACAGCAGCAGAGAACUGAAAAGUCCCGAUAAAGAAGCCUCUAAAAGCAGCAACGUAGUGUUGACUUCAUAUAAUAAUAAACCAGAAGUAGACUCAUCUAAAGCCGGCAACGAAGAAAAGUCUCUUCUGGACGAAAUUUCGGAAACCCUAGAAAAAAGCAACAAUUCCAUUUUGGGGCGUCGUAAAACACCCGCCAGAGAAACAGAAAAUGGCACGAACGGGAAUAACAAAGAAAACAUAGGCACGGUGCAGAUAACCGAAGGACCAAUCAGCUGUGAAGUGGCUCAGAAAGUUGAUCGUAAAAUUAAUCUAACCAGAACCCCAGCGUUGAAAAGUCGCGAUUUGGACAAACCAGUCUAUCAGACUUCAACAGCGCGAAUUGAGUUGCUGAGUUCGAAAAACUUGAAAAAACCUCACAAAGACUUGCCAGACAAAACAAUUCCUACGCAACAGAAGGAAAACAGCGAUACCAACAACAAUGAUAAUAGCGCAGAUAACCGCUUGUCUCAAGGAGAUCAGAAACUAUUUAGAGACAUAAUCUCUUCAUCGAACUUCAUUAAGAGCGAAAUACAAAUUUCCACCUCUCAAUUGAAUACUGUAAAAAUCGAUGAAAGUGUCGCGGUCAAGACAAACUCUGAAUUUAAUUUGCCACUGUCUGAAAGCAGAGAACAAGCAGGUAAGCCGGACGGUCGAGAAGAUCCAGAAGCCCCAGAGCUACCGGCCUUACCACUCACUCCACCUCCGUCUUUAGAAAAUCAGCCUUCCUUUCUGCAUCCCCACGGCGACGUUUGUUCAACAGCGCCAGCCCAUGCACCUCCGCUUUUAUACGAGAAGCCAAAGAUUCCUUCAAAACCCGCCACGGUGCUAAUCCGGAAACCAGUUAACAUUCAAAAUAUUAGCCAUAUGGGACAACAGAACCAACCAAUGACUACGUUUACUAAAGAGCCUUUAAUCAAGCAGCAGGAUUCUGCAGCCGAUAUGGAUCCAAAAUGCAACAAACGAAGAGCUCCUCAACCACCCGAAGAGACCAUGCCAUUGCCCAUCAACAACCUUCCGAACACUCCCAAUCCACCUCAGUUGUUUACCAGAAAUUCUGCAGCUUUGCCCAAUGGGGACUCUCCAGUGGUGAGGGAAAAGGAGAAGCGGGAGAGAACCGAAAGGGCCAGUUCAUGCACGCCGAAGAUGUAUAUCAGCAACGGAAAUAGCGAGAAAGUAGAAAGUCAUUAUCAAACCCCUGCCCCUAUUCCCAGGAAGAGUUUAUCCAUAUCUACUGAUAAUUUAGUGGUGAGCGCGGAUGAAAAACGAAAACCCAAGGGCAGGUUCUCAUUGAGGAAAUUCCUCCGAAUGGGCUCCAGCAAAGAUUUGCCCAGACUAUCCGGGGACUCUUCCACUAUUGAGGAAGCGAAUGAUACCCCCAAGCCCAGACCGCGUUUGGUUAUUGUCCAUCCCAGCGAACUGAACGGUUCUAAGGUGGAAGUUGUAGCCAAGCCGGACCAAAUGGACAGUCCCCCAGUGCAGAACUCCAGUAACGAACGGCCACCGUUAAAAGUGAAUAAACCGCCACCUCCUCCACGCAACUACGACAACUGGAAGCCGCCAAUGAGUGGCCCACCGCCUCCCAAAAGCAUGGAAAUCCUCAAUAAGCAAAGAGCUUUGUCUAGGAGUAGUUCUAACUCUAGUACUGGAGUUACCAAGCCCAAGGCGGAGACGGUGUAUGCCAAUAUUGGAGAAGUUAGGUCUUCCAUUGUUCCCAACAAACCGGUUCGUACGGCCAGCAUGAGAGAACGGGAAGCGCAACAGCAGAAACAACUCCAGCAAAGAAAGGACAACUACGACUCAGUGGGAAAUGGGCGCUUGAAACAGUCGGAAAACGUUUACGAUUACGUUAAUAGUUCUAGUAACAGAUCCAGCAGCCCCAGCAGCGACUCCAGCGGUAAAAACAGCCCCAAGUCGAAAACCGCCCGAUUGAAUAAAAGGUCGGAAAGUUCCAUCGAUGUUUCUGGAGAAUAUUUCAAAUAUGGAAAUAUUCCUAGAAGUAUGUCGCUCACUUACUGUGGAAGUGAAACCGAAUCGGAAAUAUACGCUCCUUACAGCUUCUAUGGGAGUGAAACUGAGGUGACUGAAGAUGAUCAUGACUGGAUUCAGAACGGUCGCACCCAUAAACUGCGCUCAAAGAAGGGGAGAAGCAUCGUUCAUAAGAACCUCGAGGACAAUUAUGGGGCUGUCGUAGUGGCAAAUCAUGAAGCCCUAGCCCAAGUUUUGGAAAAUAUUCAGCAAACGGUGUACAUCCAACCUGCACUGCGGGGUUUAAAAAUGUGCUCAAAUCUCCGCUUAAUGGACUUUUCGAUGAAAACUGGAACUGCUCCGGUCAGUAUCGGAUCCAGAACAUUCCGGCAAGCCUUAUGGGGGGCGCAGCACGUAACCUUAGCAUUCAAUACUGGCAUUAGUACUUCCAGUACCCUGAAUUUAGGAACUUUCCAUUUAAAUUCCGUCACUGAUUUCAGCGACUUGAUCCCUUCCGAAUACUGUGCUAACGAGAAACAGACCAAAAAGCAAGUUCAAGCAACAAUUUCCGUUUUACCUUGGCUUCAAGUGCACACCAUCGAGUCCUAUGGAGCGUUGCUCAAGACAAAACCAAACCAGGAUGAAACUUGGAGAGACGGUUUCUUUGUAAUGCUUCAAUUAGUGAACGCCUUGAAGAUGCUGCAAGCCCAAGGCAUCGAAGAACUCCCAUUGAGCUUGAACAGCUUCAUCCUGUCCAAAGAAGUGGAUAGAGAAACGCACCAUCGACUGUGCAUUAUGCAAGGAACUUUGCCUUCGGAACUAACCACGCUGACUUCACCAGAAGAAAAGUACGGUUCACUUUGCACUUGUGCCAGCAAAGCCAUGUCUUUGCUUCAGCCCAACUCCAAAACCACCACGCUGAUUCAGUCUUUACUAAAUAACGAACGAUCAGUGUCUUUAACGCAGGUCAAGGCAGUGCUCGAGUUCAGCCUUUGGGGGCCUUCGGACGUGUCUCUGGGAAGCACAGUGAGGGAACGCGAACUCACUUUACAAAGAUGGUUGGAUCUUCAACGCGCCACAGUUCUGCAUGGGCUUGUAUGUACUCGAGUUCAGCUGACAGUGUACGAAGAAUGUCAUCUGCUUUUCCUAGUCAGAAGCAACGCCAGAAUGAUGAGCGAUGCUUCAAUGCUUAUCGAGUCAAACAAUCUUAAACAUGCUCACACUAGUAAAGCAUGAGAUAAACGCUCUAAUUACAAAAAAGCAAUAAACCUGAUAGUUGAGAGAUCUGUCCAAUGUGAAAUUAUUUUUUAAAGGAUUUAAGCUUCCGAUGGGUAAAUUAUUUAAAUAGAUGUAACUGAAUUGAACUCCUACUUUUAACCAUGUUAUAAUUAGUUCUCUUGAAAAGGCAUAUACAUUCUUAACGAUUGGAGGAUUGAUUGACUACUAAUUAACAAUAGAUAAUAGCCACAUCGCUUACAUAUAAAACGAUCAAAUAUUGCCUAAUAUUUGAUUUGCUGGGUAGAUUCAUUGUAAAUAUUAUCCAACUAGCAUGUAAAACUGCCAUUAGCUACUGUAAAAUCUCCAUCGAACAAAUGAUGUUUUGUACAGUUUUUGUAUGUUUCUAUAAAUAUCGAUAGAGUAAAUUAUUGCUUUAAAAACCCUUUGUACAUAGGAUAAACCAGUUUAGUUUGAUUUUAUAAUUUUAAUUUAUGCCAUGAAUAUAUUGAUGAUAUUGAA